AAAACCAAAUCAGUCUCAAUCACCAAAACCGAACAUUAAAAGGAAGAACACAGAUGAGACUGACCAAAAUGUUAAGUCAAAGAAGUUUUGUAAAGUAAUGAGCCAAGCUUGCUCUGAUUGGUAUAAAGAAGACCCAAAAGGUCUUUGGCACUGUGAAAUUUGUCGUGCUGCUAAAAAAGGCAAUGCCUAUGCUCUUGGCCAUUCAGUUCCUGCUAGGUCAAGAAAUCAACAGAGACAUACUAGGACACAUGAUCAUAUAGAUGCACAGACUUUCCUGAAACCUAAGGAUCAAGCUCUCAUGAAAAAAGUGUUAGAAGAUGAACCUAGUGAAAAUGAAAAAGCCAUCAUAUCUGCCAUGUCAAUUUCUUAUUGUCUAGCAGUGACAGGUCAACCUAAUAGUAUGUUUCCUAAAUUAAUUGAGUUAUUAGACUGUGCAGGGCCAUCCGUGUCGUCUAAACUUCAAAAAGCAAACAAUGCUAGUGAUGUAAGUGAGGCAUCUGUAAAUGAACAUCAGUCAUGUAUUGCAGAAAGUAUUGUUUCAAGUAUUGUAAAUGAAGUAAAUUACUCAGAUGAGAGUACCGAUAUGGCAAAUCAAAAGAACAAUGUCAAGACAAUUAAAAAGCAUGGACAAUCCAUUCUAACAUUCAACUUUCGUUCUGCAUAUGGCAUAUGGAAGAAGAGAAAAGAGCAGAACAAUCUACAAGUUUAAGUGUACUAGAUAUAAGCGCUAGGAGGACUUGUUGAACUUUGAACUGUGUAGACUAUUGUGCUCUGAUAUGCUUUAUAUCAUUUAUGUAGAUUGUGCUUGAUAAGUAUUUAUUGAAUAAUGAACGUAGUGCCUGCUAUAUAUAUAUAUAAAGUAAUAAAAUAUAUUAUUUUAAUCUACUGUCAUUUCUAUAUGUGCCAUUGAAUCGUACACAAAAAAAAGUCACAACUGAUACAGUGAAUUAAUGUCAUUUUUUCCAGAAAAAAAACUUCUUUUCCCUUAUCCAUCCUGGAAGAAGAAAUCACUUCUCCCUCUUCAAAAUUCU